AUGGAAGAUACAACAUAUUAUCACACAAAUCCUCUUACUAAAACUAGCAAUAAUAUGGAAAUGGACAAAAAUCAAAAAACAGAUUGUCUUAUAAGAAAGACCACAUCGCAAUGCAGUAAUAAUAUCCAAAAAAUCAAAAAUAACAUUGAGCCAAUAUUUAUAGAAACUGCACUGAUUAAGAAGAACCGUACAACAACUUCCGCAAACGGAAUCUAG